CCAGUGUGCCCGUUUGUGUGUACCAGUACCAUGUUAUCAUCCUUUAUUUUAUUUAAUAUAAUAUUACUCUUCUUUGUUUUCAUAUUCAAUAAGCUAACAUUGGGCAUUUGUAAAUGCAGUAAGCAUUUAGUUGGUAAAGUGGUUAUAGUGACGGGUGGAAAUACGGGAGUUGGUUAUGAAACGGCAAAGAAUUUAGCGGAGAGAGGCGCCCGAGUUAUUUUAGCUUGCCGGAAUGAUGAACGCGGAAACACAGCGCGGGAUAAAAUUAUCUCGGACACCGGCAACCAAGACGUCCAUUAUUUGAACCUAGACCUUGCUUCUUUGAAAUCAGUAAGAUAUUUUGCUGAGAAAAUACUCAAAACCGAGAAACGCCUUGAUAUACUUGUCAACAACGCCGGCAUUUAUGGAUCAGAAAAUGUGAAAACAGAAGACGGUUUAAAUCUGGGGAUGCAGGUUAACUAUUUUGGACAUUUUCUCUUAACCAAUCUAUUACUUCCCCUUUUAAAAGCGUCUGCUCCGAGCCGCAUUAUUAACGUAUCGUCAUUAUCACACACCACUGUAAAACUUAAUAUAAAUAAUUUGAAUUUUGAGAAUGAAACUACAAAAACGUAUGAUGUAAGCAAAGUUUAUGGAACGUCAAAACUGUGCAAUGUUCUAAUGACCACAGAGCUGGCUCGAUUAUUAAAAGGAACAAAAGUUACUGUGAAUGCUUUGAAUCCGGGACUAGUAGACACUGACAUAAUAUCAACUAUUCCAUGGUUGAAUUUUAUUAGACCGUUGAUAAAACCUAUUAUGUUCAAGACAGUUUGGGAAGGUGCGCAAACAACAAUUUACCUGGCCGUGUCUCCUGAAGUAGAGGACGUUAGCGGGUAUUACUAUAGCGAUUGUCGUCAGAAAAAUACCUCCUUGCAAGCUCAAAAUAAAGAUCUUGCUAAUGAACUGUGGAAAAUAUCACUAAAACUAGUUAAAUUGGAAUAA